AUGGGGGGGGGUAUGCGAAAAAAAUGUACCCACCGUCGGGCAGGGGCUCUGGUCGUUCUGUCGUUCUGCUACGGCAGGCUCCAAGAAAACGUCAACGCUUGUACAAAACGUUUCGACGGCCCUGCGGUCCCGGCGAACUGGCUCGCUGAAAGUCUCGCGGUCUGGCACGAACUGCAAAAGGACGGCAACAAAUUCCGACUUGUCAUGUCGAACGUACAGUUGGCGGACGCCGGGAGGUUCGAGUGUCAAGCAUUGAACGCAGCUGGCAGCAAGUCCAGUUCGUGCACGUUGAUCGUCGCUCCCUCGCCUUCGCCAGUUCCCAACGGAAGAACCGUACCGCUGAUGUAUAAGAUAGAAAACGAUGUAGAGAGCGGUAUCUGCUUGCUGACCAUAUCGACCAUGUUCGCAGAAGAUGUAGGCGAAUACUCUUGUGUGGCUGAAAACCAGCACGGAGUGGCGAAAACGGUCGCUGAGGUACUGCACAAAGAUCAGUAUGAACGGUGGAUAAAGGAUGAACAGACGAAAAUUACUUCCGAGAAGAAACGGAGUAUGAUGCAGGAGUUGGACUCAGCCGUUUUGCAACCUAGAAAGCAAAAGGGUACGUUUUACACGCCGCAAACGCAGCGUUUCCUGGAACAGCGCUUUUCUGCCACCGACCAGGGAACUACCACUGACGGACAGCGAGAGCAGGUGAGCGGAUUUCGCCCGUUUGGACCUAUAGUCACUUUACUAAAUGAAUUUCAGCAAUGGCUGUCUGAAACACAAGUCGGCGAAGCGAGACAAGGUGUGGCGGAUGGCACUCAAGCCGUCCCAGUGUUUCUCAGACCCCUGGGAUUCGUUCAGGUGCACGAAGGUCAAGAUGCAGUUUUUCACUGCCAGUUAGGAGGAAACCCCAAACCAAAGAUAUGUUGGAUGAAAGAUGGAGAGCCCGUCGCACCAUCUCAGCGGAUACUUAUGACGUACCGCGGAACAAUGGCUGAACUAAUUAUCAAAAUGGCGUUCCCUGAAGACAGUGGCAGUUACACGCUCAUGGCUCAAAACCAGUUUGGUACCUGUGAAGAUACCGGGAAAUUGUUGGUAACUCCCUUUGGAGAGAAAGUCCAGCGUUUCUCUGGUCAAAAGUACUUGGCGUUGGCUUAA